AUGGCUCCGUUUACCUUUACUCUUUUUGCUCCCUACAAUAACCAAGCAGCAUUACGAUUAAAAAAUACAAAUGUUCGAAUGUUUGGUAUUGACAUUCUUAUGGAAAAAGAUGAAACCGAUGGUUAUUUUCGAGCAACUGUAGAUUUAGCCGAUGGAAUUUUUCAUUAUCAAUUUAAAGUUCAAACAAAAUCAUGGUUUGAACAAGAACCCGAACCUGCAUUACCAAAUUACGAUGAUGAUGAAUUCAAAGAAUUAACACAGGAAGAAAAACAAGAAAAAACUGAAACUUAUAAUAAACUUAUUGAAGAAAUUCGAAAACGAAAUCGAGAGCGUGAACAUGAAGCAACAUUUACAGAAAUUUGGUAUACUUUUGUUGAUCCAUAUGCAACUGAUGUUGAUGAACGUGGAAGUGAUGAUGCACAUAAAGCUGUCGGUGUAUUGGUAGUAAAAAAUGGCAAACGUCUUAUCGAUGAAUAUGUAUGGAAAUAUGAUGAUUGUGCACUACCGAGUGAUGAACAACUUAUUAUAUAUGAAUUACAUGUUGGUGAUUUUUCUGGUGGUCUAGAUGAUCCAAAUGGUCGUGGUGCAUUUAAAAAUGUAACAAAGAAAAUUGAUUAUUUAAAAGAAUUGGGUGUUACCGCAAUUGAACUUAUGCCAAUCAAAGAAUAUCCUGGAAAUCAUUCUUGUUAUAAUCCACGAUAUCAUUUUGCUAUUGAAACAAGUUAUGGUCCAACAACUGAUUUAAAAGAAAUGAUUGAUGAAAUGCAUAAAAAUGGUAUUCGUGUUAUUUUGGAUGGUGUAUAUAAUCAUUGUGAUGGUUCUGCACCAUUAACACAAGUUGAUCAUGAUUAUUGGUUUCAUCAUCAUCCAAAAGAUCUAGCUAUGUCAUGGGGACCUGAAUGGAAUUACAAUUUUUAUGAUUCUAAGUAUAACGUUUGGCCAGCUCGAAAAUUUGUUGGUGAUUCAAUUCGUUAUAUGGUAGAAGAAUUUCAUAUUGAUGGUAUUCGUUUUGAUGCUGCUCGACAAAUACAAAAUUUUGAUUUUCUUCAUUGGGUUGUUAAUGAAGCUAAAAGAGCAGCUGGACCUAAACCAUUUUAUUGCGUUGCAGAAUUUUUACCUGAUGAACCUUGUGUAACAAAUAUUGAUGGUCCUAUGGAUGGAUGUUGGCAUGAUAGUCUCUAUUGGACGUUACGUGAUAUAUUACUUAAUGAUAAUGUUGAUAUUGGUCGAUUAAAAACUUGUAUUGAUUGUCGACAACAAGGAUAUUUAGGUGUAACAAAUGUUGUCAAUUAUAUUGGAAAUCAUGAUCAUGAUCGUAUGCUGGUUGAAUUAGGUAAAGAACGAAAUAUUUUUGGUGAAGAAGCAUUUAAACGUGUACGUCUUGGUGUUGUUUUACAAAUGACAAGUAUUGGUCUUCCAAUGAUUUGGAUGGGAGAAGAAAUUGGAGAAUAUAAAGAAAAAACAAUUGGUAUUGCUAAAAUAGAUUGGUCAUUAAUUACUGAUCGUGAAGAUAAUAGUAAUCAAAUAAAUAAAGCAUUAUUAAGUUUCUAUUGUGGUAUAACUGGUUUACGUGCAAAUAAUAAAGCAUUCUUUACAACAAAUCUUGAUUUUAUUCAUGAAGAUCAUAAUUCUAAAUUAUUAGCUUAUCAACGAUGGGCUGAUUCAGGUGAACGUAUUGUUGUUAUUGCUAAUUUAUCAGGACAUUUUCUCGCUCACUAUUGUGUGCCAAAUAUUCCAGCGAAUGGUUGGUGGCAUGAAUGGACAUUUAAUUAUGAUGUUAAAGUUGAGAAUAAUGAAGUAUAUCUUGAUAUAGCUGAACAUGAAGCAAAAAUUCUUGUUUGGCUUGGUGAUGAUUGGCAACCGCCAAAUCAUCCAUCAGAACCAGUAGUUGAAUCAAAUGACAUUUCUCAAGAAAAACAACAGACAGAUUCGUCGUUAAAUCAAAAUUCUGAAUUGACUCAGUCCGAAAAUCGUUCACAGUAA